AUGUCAUCAAAUGGAGAUGGUUGUGGGCUAUUGCGCGAUUCGCCAUCCAUGGAAAUUGCACUUCAAAAUGCGGUUGAUUCUAUUAACGGUUCCGUGGAAUCAGAAAUUGCUCGAACAGCAAUUUCAAUUGUUUAUAGGGUCACAUCAAAGAAGUUUAGACGUAUAUUUGCGAUCAAAAUAAUCAACACAAAAGCAUUACCAAAACCAAUUGCCAGGAAAUUUUUACCUCGAGAAUUGCUUUUUACUAGAUUAGCACAACAUCCGCACAUAGCUCGGGCAUUAUCAAUUCGAAUGCCUAAUCCAACAAAAAUUACUAUAAUCAGUGAUUAUUAUCCUGGAGGAACACUGCUCGAUCUUAUUGUGCGAUAUCAACAAAUGCCCGAAUAUCCGCUUGCUUGCCGCUUAUUCCGUCAACUCACGGAAGCCAUACGUUAUCUACAUGAUCGUGGCGUGGUGCACCGAGAUAUUAAGCCAGAUAACGUACUUCUCGAUGCUAAUGAGGACGUAAAACUUGCAGAUUUCGGUUUUGCACGUUAUAUUAAUAGAAGAAAACGUUCCUACUCAUUUUGCGGCACAAAACCAUAUUGUGCACCAGAGAUUAUUCAGCAUAAGCCAUAUGAUGCAUAUGCAUCUGAUUGGUAUUCAAUGGGUGUAUUACUUUACACGAUGCUUGUGGGGAAAUGGCCACAAGAAUCACAUGAAACAGAUGAACAAGUAUCAUGUUGUGCAACUUUUGAAACAGCAAUACCUUCACAACCUGCUCGUGCACUGAUAAUACGGUUGAUGAAUACAGAUUAUCGUUUUCGGGGCAAUUAUGAUACAAUCAUUAAUAGUGAAUGGAUGAAAGCUCAAAAAAUAUGGGUUAUGAAGCAUAAACAUCUAAUUUAUGAGAUUAUUAAGUCAACAUAA